AUGGAAACAACUACAUCUUUUACACCUUCCAGAUCUUCUACAUCUUUUACAUCAUCUAUAACUUCUACAUCUUCUACAUCUUCUACACUUUUUACAUUUUCUACACCUCGUGUCGCAAGAAUUCAAUUUUAUGAUUAUUUAUAUACUAGAAAUUUGAAAAAUGAUUAUAGAAUUGGGUUAAGCGAAAAUUUGUGGAAAGAAUUAAUUCGAGAAUCAGAUAACGAUAAUGAAAGUCAAACAAUAAUAAAAUCAUCCAUUUGUGAUAAUGUUUGUUAUGUUUCUCAAGAUUUUGCCAAACGAAAUAAUCUUUACAAUGGAGCUAUAGUCGAAGUUAAUAAUGCAAAUCCUGUUGAAUUGGAUGAAGUCAUUCUUGGCACAUUGACUUAUGAGUCAUAUGAAUUAUCAUUAAGAGAUCCAAUCACAAUUUCAAAAUAUUUUCAAAAUUCUUCUUCUACUCCAAUCAUAAUUCGCCAAGGACAAACUUAUUCUUUACAAAAUUUAUCUUCCACCACCACUGAAGAUGAUAUAUCAUCUUUUGAAUUUAAAGUUUUAAUGUGUAAUCCAGUUUUACAAGGCAUUAUUACAGAUCAGACUGAUUUCAUUAUAACAGAUAUAUCUGAAGAUGCAUUAUAUGAUAUUUAUUAUGAUGAUCAAUAUAAUUUGGAAUCUAAUAAUUUAGAUGAUCAGAAUGAAUUGUUGGAUCAAAAUAUUUUAGAUCUUAAAGAUGAUGAUGGUUUAAAUUUUUUAUUGGCAAAUCUUGAUGUAGGUGAACAAGAUCAAUUAAUUGAAGAAGAAGAAUUUGAAAGAAAUUUAUCUCAUAGUUUUUUCCCUAUUGCUUUGACAUAUCCUUUUCCCACAAAUAUUUUACAACCAACUCCAAAUGAAAAAGAAGAUUCAGAAUCAAGAGUUCUAGUUAGUUUAAAAGAACUAGCAAAAUUAGGAUUACAGAGUGGAAGUUGGGUUUUAAUAUCAGGAUCUAAAAUCGAGAAAACCAGAAUGUGUCGAAUUUAUGCUGUUGAUGUACCAUCUCUAAUUGAGUUGAUAUCAAGAAUAGCUUCUCCACAUUCUACUGAUAGAAAUAUUUAUAAUGCUAGUAUUAAUGGUUUGAAAAAGUGGUUCGAAGAUGCUAAAAGGAUAGUUUGUGAAGGUGAUAUAAUACCAAUCCCUAUAGAUGCUCGUUUAAAACCUCAAAGAAGUGAAGGAGAUAUUGAAGAAAUUGAAAACAUUCAUAUCUCUACUAAACCAAUUAAAUUUAAUAUUAUUGUAUAUUUUAAAGUAUCCAAAAUUAAUUUAAAAAAGAAGAAAAAAUGUAUGAUCUAUGGAUAUGGUAGACAAGUUGACUCAAAAAAUACUCGAUUAAUGCAAACCGGAUUGGAACAUUCUAAAGUACCCGUUUUGAAACUUUAUUUUAAUAUUGUUACUGAAACUCCAAGCUUUUCUCAUAUUAAUCCAAUUCUCACUGCUCCUGAAACUCCUUUUACAAAAUUAUUUGAACUUAUUUCUUCUUGUUUACAUCCAAAUGCUACUUCAUUAAACCUUAGUUGUACUGUUUUAUUACAUGGAUCUCGGGGUUGUGGUAAAAAGACAAUUGUUGAAUGGGUUGCUGAACGCGUUGGUGUACAUGUUUAUGAAGUAAAUUGUUUUGAAUUUUCUGGUGAAUCCGAUUCAAAAACUGAAUCUUCCCUUCGAGCAAAAAUUGAUAAGGCCGUAACAUUUUCUCCUUGUAUAUUUUUAUUACGUCAUAUCGAUGCAUUGGCGAGAAAAAGUGUAGCAUUAGAAACUGGUCAAGAACCAUCUAUCUCUUCCGUAUUACAAGAUAGUUUUAAACAAUUAUUAGAAAAUUUUCAAACAAUUGGUUAUCCAGUUCUUGUGGUAGGUACUACGGGUGAUAUUGAGAAAAUACCAGCUAGUGUUAUAAGUUGUUUUAGGCAUGAAAUUUCAUUUGAAGCUCCUGAUGAACCUUGUAGAUUAGCAAUAUUAGAACAUUUGACUAGAGAAAUUCCUAUUGCACCUGAUGUAUCAUUAUCUUCAUUAGCAACUCAAACUGCUGCAUUGGUUGCAAAAGAUUUAGUAGAUUUAGUUGCGAGGGCUGGAUUCGUAGCACAUGAGAGAGUUAAAAAAUCUUUAAUCGAAACAAAUAAGUCAUUAAAGGAUAGUGAUCUUGUAUACGCGGGUAUUGCAUUGACGGCAGAUGAUUUUAAUGAAGCUUUAACUAAAGCUAGAUCAUCAUAUUCUGAUAGUAUCGGAGCUCCUAAAAUUCCAAAUGUUACUUGGGAUGAUGUUGGAGGUCUCGCAUCUAUUAAAGAUGAUAUUUUAGAUACUAUUCAAUUACCAUUAGAACAUCCAGAAUUAUUUGCAACUGGAAUGAAAAAGAGAUCAGGAAUUUUACUUUACGGUCCACCAGGAACUGGGAAAACUUUAUUGGCUAAAGCAGUUGCCACAUCUUGUUCACUUAAUUUCUUUUCUGUGAAAGGUCCCGAAUUAUUAAAUAUGUAUAUUGGUGAAUCUGAAGCUAAUGUACGUAGAGUUUUUCAACGAGCUAGAGAUGCCAAACCUUGUGUUAUCUUUUUUGAUGAAUUAGAUUCUGUUGCUCCUAAACGAGGAGAAAAAGGAGAUUCAGGUGGUGUAAUGGAUAGAAUUGUUAGUCAAUUAUUAGCUGAAUUAGAUGGAAUGGGUCAAGGUGGUGGUACGACAGAUGUAUUUGUUAUUGGAGCUACCAAUCGUCCAGAUUUAUUGGAUCCUGCACUAUUGAGACCUGGAAGGUUUGAUAAGCUUCUUUACCUUGGUGUAAGUGAAGAUCACGAUACACAACUUAAUAUUAUUCAAGCACUUACAAGAAAAUUCCGUUUACAUCCAUCAUUAAAUCUUCGUUCUGUGGCAGAAAAAUGUCCAUUCAAUUAUACAGGUGCAGAUUUUUAUGCACUUUGUUCUGAUGCUGUGCUUAAAGCCAUGUCUAGAACAGCAGAGAAAGUAGAAGCCAAAGUUGCUCAAUUGAAUUCAAAUCCCAAACCAAAUCUUCCCCAACCGAUAACAUCACAAUACUAUUUAAAUCAUCUUGCCUCACCCGAGGAUACUUUGGUAGAAGUGAUUCAAGAAGAUUUCGAAAAAGCCUUACGAGAAUUAGUUCCUUCGGUUUCAGAAAAAGAAUUAGAAUAUUAUCGUACGGUACAAAUGAGAUUUACCCAACAAGUAGAAUCUAAACAACAACAAAUGAAUAAAGAAGAACCAAAUAUUGUUAUCAAUCAAUCACCACAAUUAAAUCCACCAUUAGAAUAUAAUGAACAGAUUAAUAUCGGUGUUGGUGUUGGUGGUUCUAGCAGCAGUUAUAGUUAUAAUAACAAUAUAAAUAAUAAUGGAACAAUUGAGUUUGAAGAAUCUCCUUAUGUUGUUGAUUCAAUAAAAAAGGGUAAAGGAAAGGAUAGAGCUGAAUGA